UGCGCUCAUUCACUCACAGACACACACACUACACCAAACCUGCCCACACUGGACCAUGACGAACUCUUCGAUCCUCACACGGGCCGAGACUGACUUCUCUUUACCGCUGUGGAUUACCCCCUAACAGUUUUGCUUUCGGCGCGUUUUUCACCUCACCCGAAUAAUUCCCUGCGCCUGGAAACUUUUGCAGACUUGCUGGGAGCCGUCAGAGAGAUGGAGGCGGAGGAGAAUAAAAUUUCAGUCUGGGUUUGUCGCGAAGAGAAGCUGGUGUCGGGCUUGUCGAAGCGCACGACCUGCGCGGACGUGAUCCGGGUCCUGCUGGAGGAGCCGAACCCGGAGCAGCGCGUGUCUCUCUCGGGCGCCCCUCAGUCCUACUGCGUCGUGGAGAAAUGGAGAGGAUUUGAACGCAUUCUACCCAACAAAACCAAGAUUCUGCGACUCUGGAGCGCGUGGGGAGAGGAGCAGGAAAACGUCCGGUUUGUGCUGGUGAAGAACGAGGCGUCUUUACCCAGCAACGGGCCGCGGAGCGCGGAGGCGCGCGUCGUUCUCAGCAAGGAGAGCCCGUGCGUCUACAAGGGGACCGCCAGAGUGACCAUGGCUCUGUCACAGGAGAAACAAAGGCGGAUAGUCAGGAAAGCCUUCAGAAAGCUGGACAAAAUCAAUAAAAAACGGGCUCAGGCUUUGUCUAAAGAUGCCUCGUCCAUGGAGAAGAUGGAGACCCUUGUGCACCUGGUCGUUUCUCAAGAUCACACCAUCCGGCAGCAGAUUCAGAGGAUAAAAGAGCUCGACAGGGAAAUAGAAAGGUACGAAGCCAAAGUUCAUUUUGACAGAAUGAAGAUGCAUGGGAUCAACUACGUGCAGGAUACGUAUUUAGAGGACGCCAACCCAGAUAAAGUCGGCGAAGGGGACAAACCCUGCCCUGAAACGGCUCUCGCCCAGUUCGAGGAAUACGCUCAGAGAUGCGAGGAGGUCAUCAAGCUCCAGGAAGAGCUGGCCGACCACGAGGCCCUCAUGGAGAGCAUCACAACUGAGAUUCAAGAGGAACUCAAUCAGAGGUGGAUGAAAAGAAGGCACGAGGAACUCGCGAAUAAAGACUCUGAAAGCACAUCGGGCGAGACGUCUCUCAGAGUCACAACUCAAGAACCUUCUUCGGUGGUGGAUGUAUCUUCUGACAACGAGCUGCUUCUGGAAGAAGAGAGGAUCAGAACCCAGCUUGACACCAGUUUGUACAUCGGCCUGCGGCUGAACACCGAUUUGGAGGCCAUAAGGAAUGACUUGGACUUGACCCAGGAGAUAUGGGGAGCCAAAGAGAAAGAACUGAGGGAUUUAAUGGAGAAAGUCAACUCUCUGGAUUUUGAGGAGGACGGCGAGGUCGACGCCGAGCUAAAAGAGGAAGACAGGAUAGAAACAGACAGACUGAUGCCGCUCAAGGGGGAGAGUGUGUGGGUGGAGCAGGCGAGAGGGCUUUCAAAAACAUGUGACGUGAAUGAUGACGACUCAGAUACAGGACUCAGCUCAAUGCAUAGCCAAGACUCCGAUAUCACACCCAUCUGCGAAUCUCUGGUGUAAAAAAAAAAACAGCCUUUGUUUAUGUUAUCCCUCGGAUAGCUCAAAAGAACAAUGUAUGUCUUAAUUUAACCCAUUUACAUUUGCGUACUGUAAACGAGCGUAAGGCGGAGGCAAACAGGAGCUCUAGGAAAAGCAAAAAAGCAAAUCAAAAUAAAACGCUAUUAACAAAUCGCA